AACCUAAUCCGACUUGGAGCGGUACUUGAUAAUGUGAUGUCGCGUGGCGCGUGUUCUCGAUAAACAUAUUUGUGCAUUUGUCGAAUGCAUAGAUUGGUCAGAAAGGCGCGAGAACGAGUUUGUAAAGUUUGUCUUUUUUUUUCUGGUUCCCGUUUUUAAGAAGGGCAAUCGAUUUAUUAGCGACAGGGAAGAAUGUUGCGGAGCGUCUUGAAGUCCAAGUUCGGUUACGACGAUUUCAAAAAUGACAUUCAGAGGCAGGCUACUACCGCCAUUCACAAAGGAAAGCAAGAUGUAUUCGUGUGUAUGCCCACCGGUUCCGGGAAGUCUCUGUGUUUUCAAUUACCAGCGAUUAUGAAGGAGCAGAAAGUUGCGAUUGUCUUCUCGCCGCUCUUAGCCCUGAUGAAGAAUCAAAUAGACUUUUUGGUGAGUAAGAAAAUAAAUGCCUGCUCUUUGAACUCCACCACUUCCAGCAAAGAGAGGAACGCCGUUAUGAAAGAUCUACUGUCAGACACACCAAAGAUAAAAUUAUUGUACGUCACUCCUGAAAUGGGAGCGCAGCAACAUUUUCAGGAGACCAUAACUCAAAUGCAAAAGAAGAAAACACUUUCUUAUUUUGUUAUCGAUGAAGCUCAUUGUUUAAGCGAAUGGGGUCAUGAUUUUAGGCCAACUUACAGACAACUGGGAACAUUUAAAAAAUUGUGUCCCAAGAUACCGAUGAUUGCGUUAACGGCGACUGCUGCAAAACAGGUAAAGGAUGAUAUUCUCCAAAGCUUGCACAUGAAGGAGGCAGUGAUAUUUUCCCAGCCGGUAUUUCGUUCUAAUUUAUAUUAUGACGUGUGGUUUCAAGAGGUGUUGGACAAACCACUGGUACAUCUGAAAGACUUUAUUUUGAAGGCACUUGGUCCGCCAGAUGAUUCCAUUCCUAAGCACAAAAGAAAUUGUGGUAUCAUUUAUUGUAGAAAGAAGGAAGCGACUGAAACUGUUGCGCAUAAAUUGACUCUCGCGGGUAUUUCUACCCUUGCGUAUCACGGAAGCUUAAAAGCUCAGGAACGUAACGAAGUGCAAAAUAAGUGGACGGCAGGUGAAGUGCCUGUCAUCGCGGCAACGUGUAGUUUCGGGAUGGGUGUUGACAAAGGAUCCGUUAGAUUUGUGGUUCACUGGACGGUACCUCAGAAUGUUGCGGCAUAUUAUCAAGAAUCGGGAAGGGCUGGCAGAGACGGCAAUCCGGCAUUCUGCAGGAUUUAUUUUAGCAACGAGGAAUACGGGCCCAUUUCGUUUCUUAUCAAAGAGGAAAUCAGCCAUAAGAACUCGGAACUUGUGAAAGUCAAAUGGCAGAAUUUUGAAAAAAGCGUUGCGUACUGUUUAGAGGCAAAAUGUCGGCACGCGGUGUUCUCUAAAUAUUUCGGGGAUUCUCCACCGCCUUGCAAAAACAGAUGCGACGUUUGUAAGAACAAGGAUGAAGUACGAGCGAGGAUCGCUCAGUUUGAGAUGUGUCAGACUAGAUCCAAAAAAUCCCGAAGUAAUAUGGGCAGUGUAAUGCGAAUGGACUGCAGUGAUGAUGAAAUGAAUGCAUUUAAUGAGCCGCAAGAAUCGAGGGAGAAAAUAAUAGCGGCUGAAAAGCGAGAGACAAGGGAACUUAUUAUGGAGCAGUUUGCACUUCGGCGCGGUACACCUAAAGAGGACGAAAUUAAGCGGCGGAACGUUAAGGACGCGAGAGCGGCGCAUGUUCGUGCAGCCAGUAGUACAGAUAAAAAAAUAAAGGGUUUAACUGUUCAAAUACGAGAGCAUUUUUACAAUGAAUUGAAAGUAGCGUUACUCGAAAAUUAUCAACAAUCGGAAAUUAAUUCGGAACAGUCUGAGGAGAAAAAUAUGCACGACGUGGCCAAUAGUAUAGAAUAUAAGAUAUUUUCCAGUUCCAAAGUGCCAAAUAAGUACAAAUUUGACAUGUCUAAGUUGAUUUCGUCGAUACGAAAAUGUACCAAUAAUAAUACUGUGUACGAAGCAAUACGCGACUAUAAUGAGACUGAAUUGCAUAAUUCUGAAUUUAACAAUUCUAACAGUGCCGAUAUGUCCAAUAGUGAACAAGUAACAGGUACUGUCGAAACAGGAUUUAGCGGAAAUGUUUGCCUGUCGGGCAAUUAUAAAGAGACUUUCCCUUCCGCUUUCAAAACUGCAUCGGAGAUUAUAAAUGAAAAAAGGUUACGAAUAUCCACAUCAGACAAGGAUGUAAAGGCUCAAUCUGAAGAAUUAUUCGUUAAUAGCGGUGCACAUCAAAGUACAUAUAAAAACGAUAAAUCACAGGCGCAAAUGUUAGGUUUCAUUUGUGCGCGAACAAUUCACGAGAGCAAUGUCAUUAAGUCUAGUGCAAAUUCCUCUAAAUCAAAAGGUCGCAGAAGUAAGGUGGAUAAGAGUGUCAAAAGAACAACUAAAACAGUUUACGAGCAGAUUUUAGCAUCAGCACAGUCAUCGUCGAAGAAGACUGUGAACGAAAGGAGAGAUGUUUCUUCCGAAACAAAAUUGAAAGUAGACAAUAUUGUUAAUUCUAUUAAAACUAAAAGAGAGGGUGAAAUUAAAACUGAAAGUAAAAAAAGAGGCCACGAACUCGUUGAAUGUCACGGGGAUGACAUAAAAUCUGCAAAGAAAAAAAGAAUUGUACCUAACGAAUACGUCGAUAAGACUAAUGAUAAUAUAUCCGAUAAAAAUAUCGAUAAAAAGACUUCGGACGAUAAAGUCAAUACGAAAAGGAUUAGAAAGAGUACAGACACGUUCAUUAAUAUUAAUGCUAUAAAUGAUGAUUCAUCAAAAACGACAGAUAACACAAGAAAGCACUGCGAAGCAAAAGUUAAUGUGGAAUUAAAAAGAAAGGAGGAAAUUGCGCAUUCGUCUCGUUUAAAACCUCACAAUAGCAAUAGCAAUAGUAACAGGCUGAAAGUGCCCGCAGACAAAGCGACGCAAUUUAAAACGGCGGAAAUUCUAAAAUCGUAUCUAAUGAAAUACUACCCGUCCGAACGACUUCCGGAUAGGGCGACAUUUUCAAAGACUUGCAGAGAAAUGCAUUACAGUAUGCUGAUGAAGAAAAUAUUUGAUAAAGAGGGAAUACACGACUUCGUUGUAAGCUUUAUGAGUCAAUCUUAAAUGCGCUUAUCUUACGUGCUCCUACUUUCUGCUGUGUAAGCGAUAGGAGAAUGGUGUUUAUAAUCGAUCCAAUUAUGAAUAAAUUUUUCUAUAUGUAUUUACAAAUUCUUA